ACAGUCUUCAAAACAUACAAAUUAACAACUUUUAUGCACAUGCAAAUGGAAAUGAAACCUAACAGAGCUCACCUUAUUUUGGUGUUCCUCCUCUUACUAACCUCUGCCUCCUUGGCUCGUAACGCCAACAGUGGUGAAAAGAAACCAGACUUAUCAGAGACGGCGUUAGCACCUAGUGCUAAAACACCAACAGGUGGUGUAGCUGUUGGUGUUGGGGGUAGCGGUUUUGGUCAUGGUAGAAACUGGAACUACAACUGGGGCUGGGGAUCAACUCCUGCAGGUGGAUGGGGUUAUGGUUCCGGGUCAGGGACUGGAACUGGAUCAGGAUCAGGGUUUGGCAGUGGAGGUCAUGGUGCUGGGAGCGGCUCUAACACUUCUCCUGGAGGCAAUUAAAGCGGAAAUGGUAGUUCUGACAGACCUGCAAUAGCUGAUAACCGUUGGUUUCUGCAACAACAAACAAAAUCAACUAAAAAGCCCAAGAUCUCGCAUGAUGUAGGAAUCACAAGCUUCAACGGUAGAAUAUGAUGUAUGCUAGUUAAAAAACAAAUGUUUGCUAUAAGCCUAUAACUCGUGUGCUAU